CAAGCGUCCAUGCUCACGCCAACUCCAUUGGCGGACCCAGCAUAGGCCUUACACUUCUGCUCAUCCUCUCGAAACUCCUCCAUUCGCGCGAUAGACCCUUGAAUUGAUACUACCUGCAUCAAGUGCGACUGAAAUGGACGGUCGGAGUCAUUCUCAGAGGGAGCAAACACGUCGCGGCUUCUCCAUUAGUCAUCAAAAGGUCGUUUUGGAGAUAGACUUUACGGGAUGCCUAUGGGGAUAUACGGAGAUCACCAUUGUGCCUACGAGCAAGGACCUGAAGACUAUCAACCUUCACUCGAGACAGUGCACUAUCCAAGACGUCACAGUCGCGAACUUGAAGGCCGAUUUCAUCCACCAUGAUCCUCUCGCCAAUCUAUCAGUCGGAAACCCAGGCGAACCGCUGGACUGUCACAGACACCCGGAAUUGAAGCGAAAACUUUACUCCGCUCUCCAAGAAAGUGAAGAGGGAGAACUUUCCAUUGCCGUUCCAUUGGAGGUAGCCUUGAAGUAUUCGGGCUCUUCGUUAGUCCAGGUCCAUAACGACUUGGCUACCCCGGAGCCGUCGACGUCCGGACCAUCCCAGACAGUACAAGAAUUCGCUCCUAUAUCCAUCAAGAUUUGGUAUAGUCUCCGGAACCCGGUCGAUGGGUUCGAGUUUGUGGUUCCUACCGAAUCGUAUCCCUAUCGUGUCCCUCACGCUUAUACGACUCCGUCAUCUCCCGAUGCAGCCCGUUGCUGGGUUCCUUGCAUCGACAGUCCGUGGGAGAAAUGUACAUGGGAGUUUGAAUUCGUGGUGCCCCGAUAUCUGGAAGAUGUGUCUCUUGAAGACGGAGAGUCCACGGAUGCCAAUCCGACAUUGGUUGUUUGCAGUGGGGAGUUGGUCGAGCAGGUCGCCCAUCCGUACAACUCCCACAAGACUAUCUUCUUGUUCUCGCAAGCCGCUCUAACAUCUGUGCAACAUAUCGCAUUCGCUGCCGGUCCCUUCCACAUGUAUUCCAUUCCCGUGAAUCAAAUCGCCGAGGAUGGAACAUCUACUCAACCGCCUAUACAUGCAUUUUGCCUUCCGGGACACGAGAGCAUGUUGACCACGUCGACAUCCACAUUGCGCACCGCCAUGAGCUUCUACACGACUGAAUUUGGAUCUUACCCCUUCGGCUCGUACAAGCUCGUGUUCGUGGACGAACUUCCGACGCAGAGAUUUGACAGCUCGACGUUCACAUUGCUGACCGUGGACCUGUUGCACGGAGAAGAUGCCAUCGAACAAUGCCUGGAAACUCGUCAUGCGCUGGCUCAUGCACUUGCAUGUCAGUGGAUGGGCGUUAACAUUCAACCGAAGGUGUUCUCCGACACAUGGUUGGUGAACGGGUUAUCGUUAUACAUCACCGGCCUCUUCAUGAAGAAGCUACUGGGCAACAACGAAUACCGAUUCCGGCUGAAGAAAGAUAUGCAACGGGUUGUGGAGCGUGAUACUGGCCGGGAAGCACCACUCUGCCAGCCGACACGUCUGGAGCCGCCUGACGGGUCGGAAAUCGCAUUUGUGAAUCUCAAGGCGCCGUUGGUACUGCACAUCCUCGAUCGAAAGCUGGGCAAAAGUGGCACCUCGCUCGGUCUUUCGCGUGUGCUGCCGAAAAUCUUCCUCUCUGCUCUCGGCGCCGAAAUUAACACGAUAUCGACGCACAUGUUCCUCCGGACGUGCCGGAAAGUGAGCGGGGUGGAUCUGCGGAUGUUCGCUGAGCAGUGGAUCUAUGGCAGCGGAUGCCCGAUGUUCUGGUUCAAUGCGAGCUUCAACAGGAAGAAGAUGGCUGUUGAAAUAACGAUGCGGCAAGAAUGUGCUGCUUUCAAGGCACUCGAGGGCAACGAUCAUGCCAAUGUGAUGCUCAAGCCCGUAGCCUGCUUCGAGGGGCAAAUGACCGUUCGGAUUCACGAGGCUGAUGGAACACCUUACGAACAUGUGCUGGAUAUCCAGUCCCCGUUCAAGCGCUACGAAGUGCCAUUCAACACAAAAUACAAGCGUGUCCGUCGGAACACCAAGCGGUAUCUCGCUCGCCAGGCUGCAGCACAGGCUGCAGCCGAAGGUGACACGGAAGCCGCUGAGGCAAUGGGCAUGGUGGACAUGGGUUUCGGGCUGGAAGUCUGGGAAAAGGAGAGCGAGCGCAACAAUUGGAAGGUCGAAGAUUGGACUGAAGAGGAAGAGAAUGCCAUGAGCGGCGCCACUUACGAGUGGAUCCGGAUGGACGCGGACUUUGAGUGGAUUGCGGAUAUCAAGUUCGAACAGCCGGAUUUCAUGUGGGUGUCACAGUUGCAGCGCGAUAGAGAUGUUGUUGCCCAGCUGGAGGCACUCCACGCAUUGGCGCAACAGCCUACGGCCAUCGUGUCGAGUACUUUGACAAAGACGGUUCUCGUGUCCAAUUACUACUUCAGGAUACGAUGUGAGGCUGCCUUAGCUCUGGUCAACUGCUCGACACAUAAGCUCAAGUACCUUGGCUUAUUCCAUCUAUUCAAGCUUUUCCUCAGACAUUGUUAUGAACCCGAAGAUCCGAACCAAGACCUUUUCGCCCAUACUUAUGUUCCCAAGCCCAAUGAUUUCUCUGACCUUCCGGAGUAUUUUGUUCGCAAGAGUCUCAUCCUCGCUAUAUCCCGUAUUCGCUUUGAAAAUGGCAAAUCGCCAUCUGUUGUCCGCAAAUUUCUCAUUGAUCAACUCAAAUAUAACGACAAUACCUCCAAUAUUUACUCUGACGGAUUCUACAUCUGCAUGAUAAUAUCUGCCGCCGCUUAUUCUGCGGUGUCCACGGCUUCUCCUGAACGAGGAGAGCUGCUUCCCUCGGAAGUACGCACCGAGUACAAUGAAGAAGAUGCCGACCUGUUGCAGCAGAGUAUUGGAGAGGUGGAUCGGUAUAGGUCGAUGGAUCGUUUGAUUCCGUCCACACACAACGUUGUCACCGUCGCAGCACUCGAGUUUUACCUCGUGCUGAUGGUGGCAAAUUUGAUCCCAAGCUCCCCACUCCACUUCCUGCCCUUGACUCGAGAAGGCAACCAAACGCAAGUGCGAAUCGCUGCAUUUGACGGAUUUUUCAUGACCAAAUGGUUUUCGCCACCGAUCAUGAACUACGUGAUGGCUGUCAUGGCCGGCGAUCCCUGCCGUGUUAUUCGACGGCACGUGGCUCGUGCUGCCUGCCAGAGCUUAACGUUGCUCUUCCAGAUGGGAGAGAUGAAGGUGAACGGCAAGGAUAACGAAAGCCUGUUGAUCGAGGAGGAUGGAUCAGUGCAGGAGAAGAGCAAAGAGACGAGGAAGAGUGAGAUGGACGCCAUGAUCAAGGCCUUGAGAAAGGAUAAGGAGGUCGGCAAAAACGAAGUGCUGCGAGACUUGUUGAUGCCGCUGGCUCUUGCGCCCGAGGUCGAUCAUGACGUCCGAUUGUGUCUAUUAAAGCUGGCGGAUCUCCUUAUCAAGCCAGUUGAGGAGACUGCUCCGUCUGUCAAGAUUCAUAUCUCUGCCAGUACCCCAGUGGCCGAGAAAGCACCCGAGCUUCCUGUCCCAGCUAAAGCUCGACCAUUGAAGAUCAACGGACCCGCCACUGCCGCAAGCCCAGGUCCGGUCAUGGCUUCAACGCCUGUUCCUCCCAGGCUGAAACUCCGUCCUGCGACACCACGGGAGUCGACCCCCAGCACCUCCACAGGGAGCGUCGAGCCUGCAGCUCGUGUGACACCACCGGUGAGGCCGCCAUUGGUCAGGGCACCCGUUCCAGCUCGGCCAGCACCGGCAGCUCGAUCAGCGAACGCAACCAGGCCAGCAACUGCGACCCGGCCAACUCCAGCGGCCAGGACUGCACCACCGGCGAGAGGCCCGUCGCAAUCUCGGCCAGUUCCACCUCCAACGACAGCCUCAUCUCGGGCAGUUUCAUUUGCGGUACCAGCUGUGCCACUGAAGUCGAAGGCAACCGCAGCAGUCCCCCUCGCCAAGGCCAAGGUCAAACCGUCACAUCCUGCUCCUCAGCCCGUUCAAGAUGUGAAACCGGCAAAACUUCUCAAGGCCCAGGCUGCGGGGAUGUCACUGAUGGAUCUCCGGGCAUCCCGGAAUGUGUUGAAGAAGUUGCAGAACAACAAGCAUGCUAAGAUUUUCUUGCAUCCUGUGGAUCCAAUACGGGAUAACGCGCCCAACUACUUCAACGUCAUCAAGAAUCCUAUCGACCUUGGCACGAUGUCGCACAAGCUCGACUCGGGGAUGUACCGAGAUCGCUUUGCGUUCCAGGCUGAUUUCCGGCUGAUGAUGGCCAACGCGAAAAAGUACAAUCCGGUGGGAACGUUCGCGCACAAUGAGAUGCUGGCGCUCGAGACCUUCUUCGAAAAGCAAUGGAGUAUGAUGACGAAGACGCUCGAGAACAAGGUCGCUGCUGAUGCGGAACGAGCGAUCGCUCAACCUCCCCCUCCUCUUUCGACAGCCCCGGUCCCAGUCCGCCCCAAACCAGCAGCUGCCUCAGCCGCACGGUCAGCUCGGGAAGCAACGUCUUCGUCGUCGUCGUCCUCUCAGCCGACAAUCAAGCUAAAGCCUCCACAAGCCGAGUCCAAGCCUAAUGUUAAGCCGCCUCGGAAGAAGUCUCGAACGGAAGUGUCGCCAGCCGUGGAGCAGCCUCCGCCGCCGUACGUCGACGACGGAUCGCACGACAUCUUGCAAGAGGUUCUUGCUCUCGAACGCGAGCAGGAGGACAAGGACAAGAAGCAUCGGGUCAACGGGAAACGGAAACAGCCGAUUACACCAGCAGAAGACCCGGAUGGCGAUCUGUUGGCGUUGGUGACCAAGCCGAAGCCAGGGCCCACUCGGCCAGCACGUGCGGCGGAACCUUCGUCGUCAUCCUCAUCUUCAGCAGCACCACCAGCACCACCAGCACCGAUACCCAAGAUCGUACUCAAGACGGCUGCGGCGGCACCGUCGCGUUCAUCAUCGGUGGAUGUGCCUCGGGCAUCUGUCAAAGGCAAGGAGAAGGAGGUGGUGCGGAUUAAGAAAGAGCGGCCUGCUGAGUCGGGCAUUCCCGUCGAUGAGAAGAAGAUCAAGCAGUUGUUGAACAUGCUCAUGAAGCUGCCAGAGGCUGGUAUCUUCUUACGUCCAGUGAAUCCAGAGCUGGACGGGUGUCCGACAUACUAUCAAGAGAUCCGACAUCCGAUGGACCUAGGCACAAUAUCGAGCAAGCUCUCCGCGCACCAAUACGCGACGAUGGAGCAGGUGAAAGACGACCUCGACCUGAUGGUGCGCAACUGCCGCAAGUUCAACCCGCCGGCGACGUUCCCCGUGAACUGCGCGGAUGUGAUCGAGAAGGCCUACAAGAAAGAGUGGCCGAAGCUCACUGAGCGGAAGCUCUCGCUGACGGAGAAACGUGGGAUGCAAGGACUGUUGAACACUUUGGUCAAGGAGGACAUCUCCUGGCUGUUCCGCGAACCCGUCGACCCAGUCCUGCUGCAGAUUCCGACCUACUUCGAUGUCGUCAAGAACCCACGCGAUCUACGAACUAUCCGAGCGAACCUGAACGCGGACAAAUACGACUCGCUGGAUGCGUUCGAUGCGGACAUGCAGCUGAUGGUCAACAACUCGACUCUGUUCAACGGGCUGGAGUCGGAGGUCGGGCUCAUGGCCAUCAGCUUGCGGAACCGGUAUCUCGAGUUGGUGGCUGCGUGGCGAGCGAGUCUUGGUGCCGCUACGAAUGGCAGCAGCGGCGGCAAGAAGCGUAAGGACGAGGAGCGGGGCAGUGCCCAGCCGUCGAAGAAGAUGCGCACAGCCUGAAUUGGAUAGGACUUAGUGUAUCAUGUGUAGUAAUAGCUGUAUCAUACGCGUCCCAACAGGUGUACCAGUUUUAUCAUGUUGCAUCCAAUGGCAAGCGCGCGUAGUAUGCGUAGAUAUCUAGAUGUAGAUGAAAUGAGGACACGGUCAGGGCAAAAGUAAGGAGAAAAACGACACGAGCAGGACUUGAACCUGCGCUCGGAGACCGAAACAGAUAAGAGGAAAUUC